UAUACGGACCUUUGAUUUCUCCGCCCAUUUUUCAACUGCAUGAGACACUGGCAUUCUUAAGACGCUUCACCUAAACACCACUCAGCUAAGAAUCCGGGAGUCAAGCAUGGACACAGCUGAUAAUAGCCAAGAAUCGAGCAAUGAAUCUGACGACUUUAACGAGAUGCUCUCAGAGGAGGAAUGCAGCCGCCCAGAGUCUCCAUCCUCACGGCCUACACUGCUUGUGUCCUCCCAAGAACCCAAGGCGUUAGACGACUUUACGCUCAACUUCCUCAUCAAGAUGGGGAUGCGCAAGACCUUCGACUGCUUCCAGACAGAGUGGUAUGAAAUGAUGCAAAGGGGCUCCAUUACUGGAAAGCAUGUAGGCUUUGUCCCGGAGAUCUAUCUUCAUAACCAGCUGCUGGAUAACGAAAUGCGCCGUCUGAACAAAGUGAUUGAAUGCUACAAAGAAGCGGCUGUGAAGCAAGAGGAGAUCCUGGUGAAGCUGCAAAAGGAGCGCGACAUUCACCGCUUGCAUCACAGACGUGUAGUGCAGGAGAAGCAACGCUUGAUUAGCGACAUGAAAAGAAUGGAAAAGCACUACGCAUGCUGCGAGCCGGAACCAAAGCAGCGAGCGGGAGUUCUGAACGCUUAAGGCAACGAAGGAGAUUGUCCGAUGACCACACGGCAUAGUCGAUUUAUUUAAAUACUUAAGGGUGCUUGUAAAUAUCCUUGAGACUGGUUUACAAGACAGAAUGGCAUCACAGGCGCGGGAGAGUAACACUUCGUAAGGAGAAACCUGGACAACACAGGAAAUCCAAAUGUUUUGUAUACAAAGUAUAUGUAUAUUUUUAGCACAUGGUGUUAAUUGGUCAGUCGUAUAUUUAAUUCGGAAGGAAAGUUACAAACUUUAAUUACACUUAACUUUUAGCGAUAUGAAGGAUUUCGGUAUUCGCAAGAGGCCAAUCACUGUUAUAUUCACAUUUUUCCUUCUGUGUUCAGUAAAUAAAUAAAUAAUGACAGCAUUGUCCGGUCCUUUCCUGAAAUGCUGACAGUUACUUUUGUUACGUGCGUUAAUCAAUAGGGCUCGGAAAUCAGAUCACUCAGCCAAUGGCGUAGCUCGAGUUCUUGCCGGGCGGGGCGGAGCUUCAA